AAAAAAAAAAAGAAAUUCCGAGAUCAUUCAUUUGUAAUCAUGUAUAUGAAAAUAGCCAAGAUGUCAGAGAUUUAAUAUCUAAGCAAGUGUAAAAGGGAUAUGAAUAAAAAAAUAGAGAAUAUUAUUAAUAUACAUGUGGGGUGUUUCUAAGGAACCAGUAGUGAAUGAAGUCCCCAGGUGUGGUAGGUGAGGGAAGGAGUGAGCAAAGGUAUGAGGAAAAGUCCAUCUCUAGAUUACUUAGUAAACAAUUGUUGAAUUCCUGCUAUGUGGAUUAGGUCAGGAACUGUGGACAAUGAGGUAGAAGAUAGAUUUAAAUCCCACUCUCAAGAAAACAUACUGAGAUCAUCCUUUCUGUGGCACACUUGGCUUAGAAUGUUAGAACCCAAAGGGAUCUUAAAGACCUUGAUUUUAUGCAUGCAUAAUCUUAAAAGUACUCCACUUUUUAAACAAGUGGGAGCAAAGUGAUUUUUUAUUUAGCUCUGUAUUUUUGAGGUCCUUCCAACGACCUUCUUUGUAUUGGCUGUAUGAUUCUCUGCAAAGCAGAGGAACCAUUUACUCAUCAGCUCAGUCUGAUAGCCAAACAGGUUGUUGUCAGGCUUUUACUAUGACAAACACCUGCCAACGAACAUCUUUGUUCCUGAGCCUUUGACACCUCUGCUAAUGGGUCUGUAAUAAAAAUUUCAGGAAGGAGACCCAGAUAUUUUGACAUUACAUUCUCCCUCAGUCUCUGCCUUACAGAUGCCAACUCUAGCUCCGCUGAUCAGCUAAGGCCCCUGACUUGGGGCAGCUGCUUACCUAGAGGCCUGGUGGGUGCCGCUCCCACCUCUCUUAUUUCAACUGCUGGACUGGAAAUGUGGUCUGCAAUCGGAAGGUAGGGGGUGGGAUCCAUAAUGUACUGAGAAACCAAGUAGACGUAGAAUGACGGAAAGAACGAUACUGUAAGUUGUAAAGGGGUAUUUUAGGAAAGGAAAUCUGGGGAGGGAAAGGUGCUUUUUGGAUUAGAGAAGCAUGGGGUGAAAACAUCGAAUGCAGGUUAGUCACAUCCCACAGUGCCUCCAACGCCAGCACGAUGAAUCUGUAUAAUCUGUGGGUGAUGGGGGUGGGGAGCGAAGGAAGGAUUCAGCGAGAGAUUCGGGUUUUAAACUCUGCCUCUAGGGGGUGCGUGUCACUCCCUGUCUGGGCAAAAGUCUCCUUAUCAGCUUUCAGCUUGAAUGAUAACUAAACACAGACCCCUGUACAACUUAGUCGAUCUCCAGGGGGGUGGUUUACGGUUAGGUGACAGACAACGAUAAUUUCUAAGUUCUUUAGAAAAAAAAACGAGACUCCAAAAUUAAGAGGCCUACAAACAACUUGCCAUGGACCCGAAGUCGGCCGCAUCUUCUCCUACCGGCUCGGGGAUAGGCCUGAAGCGCACGCGAUGACCCUCCUGAGGAUUUGCUUUGAAGUUGCGGCCCCAACGACUCCCGCAGACGCUGGAGGACCGAGGUUCGUGUACGUAAGCGUGCCCGUACCCGCCCCGCUGCGGGAGAGGCUGCCGGGAGCCAGAGGCGGGGCCAAGCCCGGCUGGAAAUUCCAGUGCGCAGAGCUGCAGAGGGCAACAGGCGUGCGUGGGCGCAGCCGGACACUGAGUAGGCGCGUGCACGCUCCCCGCGGCCUCCGUCCGGUGCUCCGAAUUGGGUGCGCGCCCGCGCGGGUUGCUCCGGGCGCGAGGAGAGUUGAGCGCGCACGGGCGAGCCGGCCGUGACGUGCGCCGCUCUACGCCCUACGUCACGGUCCUUGUGUAGUGGCGGCCGGGCUUCCCUCAGCGUCGGCGCCUGACGAGGGUGGUGCGGCCGCUCGUUGCGGCGUUCGGGGGUCCUGCGGCUCGCACGGCGACGACGAGGACCACGACCUGGAGGCCCGGCACCCUUAGCCGAAGAGUCGCCACUCCAGCCCUUGCUCCGGCCUCUGGCAGCGCCCAGCCCGCGGCUUCCUCCUUUCCUGCCCAGCUUCCCGCGGGCCUCGGGGCCGCGGCCGAAAGAAGCACCGAGGGGCGCCGAGUGGCCCCCGUCUCCCGCGACGGCCCGCGCGACCGCCACCCGGCCCGGGCUCCAUGUGAAGGAGGGACUGGCCUGGCUCCCCGGCCAGCACCCGACUCCUCGCGCGCCCCUCCGGCCCCCGGGGGCCCACGGCCUCCCCCGACCGGGGGGCGCGGUGACAGGCCGCGCGGGGCGGAGGGGCGGGCUAGGAGGCCAGCGCAGGCCCGGGCCUGCGGCUCCCUUCUUACGUCCCCGCCGAGUGGCCGACUGCUACAUGUAGCACCUCAUUUGGAUGUGUCUGGAGUCUUGGAAGCUUGACUACCCUACGUUCUCCUACAAAUGGACCUUGAGAGCUCGUUUGGAGGUUCUAGCAGGGGAGUGCAGCUACUCGUGUACCCUUGACCGAAGAAUGGUCCUCUCCUCUAUCCGGGAAGGCAGUAAAGAAUGCUGAUGGGAGAACCAUUUCCCUAAUUUUCAGAUUGUUGAGUUGGUUGCCAUGAUGGAUGAUCAGCAAGCUUUGAACUCAAUCAUGCAAGAUUUGGCUGUUCUUCAUAAGGCCAGUCGACCAGCAUUAUCCUUACAGGAAACGAGAAAAACAAAGUCAUUAUCACCAAAAAAGCAGAAUGAUGUCCGAGUCAAAUUUGAACACAGGGGAGAAAAAAGAAUCCUCCAGUUUCCCAGACCAGUUAAACUGGAAGAUCUGAGGUCUAAAGCUAAAAUUGCCUUUGGACAGUCGAUGGAUCUACAUUAUACCAAUAAUGAGUUGGUAAUUCCAUUAACUACUCAAGAUGACUUGGACAAAGCUGUGGAGCUGCUGGACCGUAGUAUUCAUAUGAAGAGCCUCAAGAUACUACUUGUAAUAAAUGGAAGUACACAGGCUGCUAAUUUAGAACCAUUGCCAUCACUAGAAGAUUUAGAUAACACAGUAUUUGGAGCAGAGAGGAAAAAACGGCUUUCUGUAAUAGGUCCCACUAGUAGAGAUCGAAGCUCCCCUCCCCCAGGAUACAUUCCAGAUGAAUUACACCAGGUUGCCCGGAAUGGGUCGUUCACUAGUAUCAACAGUGAAGGCGAGUUCAUUCCAGAAAGUAUGGACCAAAUGCUGGACCCAUUAUCUUUAAGCAGCCCUGAAAAUUCUGGCUCAGGAAGUUGUCCAUCACUUGAUAGUCCUUUGGAUGGAGAAAGCUAUCCAAAAUCACGAAUGCCUAGGGCACAGAGCUACCCAGAUAAUCAUCAGGAAUUUUCAGACUAUGAUAACCCUAUCUUUGAGAAAUUUGGAAAAGGAGGAACAUAUCCAAGAAGGUAUCAUGUUUCAUAUCACCAUCAAGACUAUAAUGAUGGUCGUAAAACUUUUCCAAGAGCUAGAAGGACCCAGGGGACCAGCUUCCGGUCUCCUGUGAGUUUCAGUCCUACUGAUCACUCCUUAAGCACUAGUAGUGGAAGCAGUAUCUUUACCCCAGAGUAUGAUGAUAGUCGAAUAAGAAGAAGAGGAAGUGACAUAGACAAUCCUACUUUGACUGUAAUGGACAUCAGCCCACCCAGCCGCUCACCGCGGGCUCCAACCAACUGGAGACUGGGCAAACUGCUUGGCCAGGGAGCCUUUGGCAGGGUCUACCUCUGUUAUGAUGUGGAUACAGGAAGAGAGCUGGCUGUAAAGCAAGUUCAGUUUGACCCCGAUAGCCCUGAGACCAGCAAGGAAGUAAAUGCACUUGAGUGUGAAAUUCAGUUGUUGAAAAACUUGCUGCAUGAGCGAAUUGUUCAGUAUUAUGGCUGUUUGAGGGAUCCCCAGGAAAAAACACUUUCCAUAUUUAUGGAAUAUAUGCCAGGGGGUUCAAUUAAGGACCAAUUAAAAGCAUAUGGAGCUCUUACUGAGAAUGUGACUAGGAAAUACACCCGUCAGAUUCUGGAGGGUGUCCAUUAUUUGCACAGUAAUAUGAUUGUUCAUAGAGAUAUCAAAGGAGCAAAUAUUCUGCGAGAUUCAACAGGCAAUGUAAAACUAGGAGAUUUUGGGGCCAGCAAACGGCUUCAAACCAUCUGUCUUUCGGGUACGGGAAUAAAGUCUGUCACAGGCACGCCAUACUGGAUGAGCCCUGAAGUAAUUAGUGGAGAAGGCUAUGGCAGAAAAGCAGAUAUCUGGAGUGUGGGCUGUACUGUGGUAGAAAUGCUAACGGAAAAGCCUCCUUGGGCAGAAUUUGAAGCAAUGGCUGCCAUCUUUAAAAUUGCUACUCAGCCAACAAAUCCAAAGCUGCCACCUCAUGUCUCAGACUAUACUCGAGAUUUCCUCAAACGGAUCUUUGUAGAGGCCAAACUGAGACCUUCAGCUGAUGAACUUUUAAGGCAUAUGUUUGUGCAUUAUCACUAGCAGCCAGUAACCUCUCCUGUGCCUCUACCUAGCUCCCAUCUAUUCAUUUACCUUCUCUCUGACUGCACUUUUCUUUUUUAUAAAAAAGAGAGAUGGGGGAGAAAAAA